AGUAACAAGUAUUUCCAACGCACCUGAAAGCUUGGUCUUUCAGAAUCAAAAAUAAUGUAACAGUAAUGAUUGAGGAUAUGAAGAUCGUGUUUCUAGUGGGAAUCUUUUACAGAAACAUCGCUGAUUGGCUAUUUCCAUGGACCCGCUUCCCCCAGACACUAAUGUCAGGACGCCGAUGAUUCCCGAUUCAACUGUCAUCAGAAUAUCCAGUGACUCCAACAAAUGCAAAGAUGCGGUACAUAGGUGGAUGAAAAAGAAUCUACUUUUAGUCCUGACGGUCCUUGCGGUCCUUGUGGGAAUCGCAUUAGGAUUCUUUGCGAGAAUGUUCUCAUAUACAACAGAAACAGUUACUGUAGUAGCUUUCCCAGGGGAAUUACUCAUGCGAAUGCUCAAAAUGUUGAUUCUCCCUCUUAUAAUAUCUUCAAUGAUUUCAGGCUUAGCGCAACUAGAUGCAAAAGCUUGUGGGAAAAUGGGUUCCUGGGCCCUUCUGUACUAUAUAUCUACAACGAUAUUUGCCGCAGUUUUGGGUAUUAUUUUGGUUCUUGCUAUACAACCAGGUGAUCCUACCAUAAAAGAGAUGAUCGAUUACAGAGGAGAUUCCAGGCAUGUUUCCACCCUGGAUGCCUUUCUGGAUUUGAUAAGAAAUAUGUUCCCAGAGAAUUUGUUGACAGCUUGUUUUCAACAAGUUGAAACUGUGUUUAGAAAAAUUUCUAAGAAUGUUACUGUGGCGCCAAUGGAAUAUAUUGAUGGCGAGGUUACCAUUGCAAACGAUUCUCAGAUCAUUACAUAUUUCGAUAGAAAGCAAGUAUACAAAGACGGCACUAAUGUUUUAGGCCUCAUUGUCUUCUGCAUUGCGUUUGGGAUAAUUGGUGGGCAACUAGGAGAAUUCGGAGCUCCAAUGGUUCGUUUCUUCGUCAUUCUAAAUGAAAUUAUAAUGAGGAUCGUCAUUAUAAUUAUGUGGUAUUCUCCUUUUGGCAUUAUGUCCUUGAUAGUUGGCAAAAUCAUGGCUAUUAACGAUUUAGCAAAGACUGCCGAGCAAUUAGGUUUAUAUAUGCUGACCGUUGUAGCUGGACUCGCGAUUCAUGCCUGUGUAACACUACCAUUUUUGUAUUUUGCUGUAACACAUAAAAAUCCAUUCACUUUUUUUAAAGGCAUGUUACAAGCUUGGGUAACUGCCCUCGGCACGGCUUCCAGUGCAGCAACACUACCAGUAACUUUCCGAUGCUUGGAAGAAAAUAAUGGUAUAGAUAAGAGAGUAACUAGAUUUGUUUUACCAGUUGGAGCCACAGUAAAUAUGGACGGUACGGCCCUUUAUGAAGCUGUGGCUGCUAUUUUUAUUGCUCAGAUGAAUGGUAUUGACUUGACAGCUGGACAAGUUAUAUCUGUAAGUUUGACAGCGACCGCCGCUAGCAUAGGUGCAGCUAGUGUUCCAAGCGCUGGUCUGGUUACAAUGUUAUUGGUACUUACAUCUGUAGGAUUACCAACUGAAGAUAUCUCCAUGAUUGUUGCUGUUGAUUGGUUAUUGGACAGAGUAAGGACUUCAAUAAAUGUUUUGGGUGAUGCAUUUGGAGCAGGAAUCAUUCAUCACUUAUGCAGAGGAGAACUAGAAAGCACUAAUGUUAAUAGAAUUAGCAUUGAAAUUCGAGACUGUUAUGCAGAUUCAAGGCGAAGAAGUUCACUUUCCUCAGCACAGUAUUCUUUUCGAAACCUAGCAAAGCAGAAGAAACAGCCUGGAUUUGGUAGAACGACCAGCACUGCUAUAGAUGAUGAUAGCAACAAUGAAACUCAAAUGUAAAUGUCAUUUUAUAAAGUGUUGUAUUCAUAUUCAACUUAUUAAUUGCAUUAAAAUA